AUGCAAACGCGCACCGUGGAGGCAUUCAGCAAGGGCUGGCGCGGUAGCAACGCCAGCAGGCCCCCUGCUCGGGCAGCCGUCGCGCGCGUCCGCGUACCCCGACGCGCCGCGCUGGCAUCGCCGCAGCAGCAGCCCGGCAUGGCGCCGGUCGUGGACCCCGCAGCCAUUGAUCUAGCGCACAAGCUGGCCGAUGCGGCGGCACGCGUGACUUCGCGAUACUUUCGGGCCACCUUUGACAUCGACAUCAAGACCGACGCCAGCCCCGUCACCAUCGCCGACCGCGAGGCAGAGGCCGCCAUGCGCGCCCUCAUCCGCGCGGCGUUCCCUGAGCACGGCGUGUUUGGGGAGGAGCACGGGCUGGAGCUGGGCAGCGGCGCCGGCGCCGACUGGCUGUGGGUGCUGGACCCCAUUGACGGCACGAAGAGCUUCAUCACGGGUGCGGGAGGCGGGGACGGACUUGGGGAAGCGGGCUGUGACGGGCUGGGCCAUGCGGUCGAGCGCGACUGGUUUGGCCGUAGCGGCAGCCAGGGGGCCCUUUCAUGCUAG